AUGGCCUUCAAUGACCUCCUGAAGCAGCUGGGGGGCAUCGGCCGCUUCCAGAAGGCCCAGGUCACUCUGGUGAUCCUGCCCCUGCUCCUGAUGGCCUCCCACAGCACCCUGCAGAACUUCACCGCCGCCGUCCCCACCCACCGCUGCCGCCCGCCCGCCAGCGCCAACCUCAGCCGGGCCGGGGAGCCGGAGGCCUGGCUGCCCCGGGACCGGCAGGGGCGGCCCGAGUCCUGCCUCCGCUUCACCUCCCCGCAAAGGGGGCUGCCCUGGCCCAACGGCACGGAGGCCAACGGCACGGGGGCCACAGAGCCCUGCACCGACGGCUGGAUCUACGACAACAGCACCUUCUCUUCCACCAUCGUGACCGAGUGGGACCUCGUGUGCUCGCACAGGGCCUUGCGCCAGCUGGCUCAGUCGCUGUACAUGGUGGGGGUGCUUCUCGGAGCCGUGGGGUUCGGACACCUGGCGGACAGGCUGGGCCGCCGGAAGGUGCUGAUCCUGAGCCACCUGCUGAUGGCCGCGUCGGGGACCUGCGCAGCCUUCGCUCCCAGCUUCCCCGUCUACUGCGCCUUCCGGCUGCUCUCGGGCAUGGCCAUAUCUGGCAUCGUCCUCAACAGCAUGACCCUGAAUAUGGAGUGGAUGCCCAUCCACACGCGGGCGUACGUGUCCACGCUGGCCGGCUACGUCUACAGCCUGGGCCAGUUCAUCCUGGCGGGCGUGGCCUACGCCGUGCCGCACUGGCGCUACCUGCAGCUGCUGGUCUCCGUGCCCUUCUUUGUCUCCUUCAUCUACUCCUGGUUCUUCAUCGAGUCAGCCCGCUGGCAUACCUCCUCCGGGAGGCUGGACCUCACCCUGAAGGCCCUGCAGAGAGUGGCCCGGAUCAAUGGGAAGCAGGACGAGGGGGCCAAACUUAACAUGGAGGUGCUCCGGUCCAGUCUGCAGAAGGAGCUGACCAUGGGCCCAGGCUCGGCCUCCGCCCUGGAGCUGCUGCGCCGCCCCGCCCUGCGCCGCCUCUUCCUCUGCCUCUCGGUGCUCUGGUUCGCCACGAGCUUCGCCUACUACGGGCUGGUCAUGGACCUGCAAGGCUUUGGGGUGAGCAUCUACCUCAUCCAGGUCAUCUUCGGAGCCGUGGACCUGCCUGCCAAGCUCGUGGGCUUCCUCGCCAUCAACCACCUGGGCCGGCGGCCAGCCCAGGUAGCCUCCCUGCUCCUGGCGGGCAGCUGCAUCCUGGCCAAUGGGGUGAUACCCCAGGAUCAGUCCAUUGUCCGAACCUCCCUUGCUGUGCUGGGGAAGGGCUGCCUGGCUGCCUCCUUCAACUGCAUCUUUCUGUACACUGGGGAGCUGUACCCCACAAUGAUCCGGCAGACAGGCCUGGGGAUGGGCAGCACCAUGGCCCGCGUGGGCAGCAUCGCCAGCCCCCUGGUGAGCAUGACCGCCGAGCUCCUCCCCUCCGCCCCUCUCUUCAUCUACGGCGCUGUCCCCGUGGUCGCCAGCGCCGUGGCUGCCCUCCUGCCGGAGACCCUGGGCCAUCCCCUGCCGGACACGGUGCAAGACGUGGAGAACAGGUGGGCUCCCGCCGAGAGGGGCAGGGACCUGCCCCCGGCCACACGCAGAGGGAAAGCGCAGCGACAGCAGCAAGAGCGUCAGAAGCAGAUGGUCCCGCUGCAGGCCUCAGCGCAGGAGAAGGAUGGGCUCUGA